AUGAAUUGCACUUAUCAUUUUAAAAAUCCGAUCACUAUGAUAUGUAAAGCUCCUCACAUUUGUUAAUUUUAAAGAAAACUUUGUGCUGAAUGUAAUGAUGAUCAUGAAGUGGAUAGUAAUCAUAAAAUUUCUCUGAAAAAAUUUUAAGAAAUGGCUCUAAAGAAAUUAAAAGACUCCAAGCUUAAUGAUACAUCUGAGUUAACCAAAUAGAGAGUGGCAUUUAAAGCCUUGCUCACUCAAACUGAAUAAAUGAUGAAGAAAAUUUGGGAUGAGUUGUCACAAUCAAUCAAAUAAGUUUACGAUUGGAUUGAAAUGUAAAACUAAUCAUACUUAAACCUCAUCGACGAAAAUAUUAAUCUAGCUGGAUCCUCUUACACAGACUUAGAAAAAUUAGUAAACAUUGUAGAAGGAUCAACUUUAAAUGAUUGGAAUGUUGAGAAGAAUUCUUACAUGAUAGAAUUAGAUAAGACCAUGAAUUGGUGGGACCAACAUAUAAAGGCUUUUAUUGAGAAGUCUAACUAAGGAAUCCAAUAGAUCCAAUCAUUAAUUAAGUAAGGAUUAUAAAUCUUAUCUUUAGGAAAGAUGAAGAAGAAGUUUAUUAAAUGAAGGAAGAUCUUUAUGAGAUGCUAACCUACAUCCA